AUGUCAAACAUAGUUCAAAAAGACAAGUACAGAUCUAUUUUGCAUGAUGAAGAUGAGAACAUCCAGUGGAGACAUGGUGGUCCUCCCACUUAUGGUCUUGUCAACCACCUUUUUGAACAAGGAAGAACCAAAGAAUGGCCAGAGGGAUCAUUAGAAGAAAUUGUUCAAAAUGGUAUUAAGUCUUGGGAGAUGGAACUCUCACACAAGAUCCGGUUGCAGGAUUUCAAGACCAUUGUGCCUGAAAAGUUUAAGCUCUUUGUUAAUGGCAGAGAGGGAUUAACCGCAGAGGAAACUCUAAGUUUAGGAAGCUAUAAUGCAUUGUUGAAAAGUUCUCUGCCAGAAAAUUUGAAGCCAUACAAUUCAAAUGAAGAGACUUUUGAAUCAUCUCAUGAAGUAUUCAAAUCAGCUUUUCCAAGAGGAUUUGCGUGGGAAGUGAUUAAAGUUUACACAGGACCACCUGAAAUUGCUUUCAAGUUUAGGCAUUGGGGAUUCUUUGAAGGUCCAUUCAAGGGACAUGCACCUACUGGCAAAAUAAUCCAAUUCUUUGGCUUGGGAACUCUCAAGGUGGAUGAUGCUUUGAAGGUUGAAGAGGUGGAGAUUUACUAUGACCCAGCAGAGUUGCUUGGAGGCCUUCUAUCAAAUGGAGAUAGUACAAAAACUUCAGCAUGUCCUUUUUCCGGUUAA